AUGGGUAGCGGUGACAAGUCCAGCUCUGCUGAUUUUCACGGCAUCAUGGCAAACACGGCUGGCUGUGACGCCUAUUGUAAUCAGGAGUUCAUCAAGUCAAGUACUGCCAAGGUUGGUCACGUUUCAUGGGGCACAUCCUCUUCUUAUAAGGUCUACAGUCCCCAACUGUUCAGUGUCAGCUGCGAUGAAACAUCAGCUGGUUGGCGCCUAAUCAGUGUGGCAGAGCACCCAAAAACUGACUCUGAUGUAACUCUCAGCCACAUAGAACAGAUGUUGAUGCAGGACACCGAUGACAAGGUCAGAGCACCUCAUGGAGAGACUGCCAUUAGAACUAUGGAGGAGCCCUUCUAUGAACUUCUUGGACAGAAGUACCCUGUUUUGCCUGGCUUGCUACCACUUUGCGGCUGUGAUCGCCUCAAUAUUCUUGAAAAUGGCAGUGUCAGUAGGCUUAAUAAUGGACAGUUAUGCAAUAAUUGCUCUGUAAAAUUCAGCUCAGAUAAUUAUCACUCCAACGGCAGCUCACAAGCUUCUCAGGCUCCAUGGACUUUAUCCGCCAUUGUUGGAGAGGCAAUACAAUUCCCUCUGGGUGUUGAAGAAAUGGGAAUUGGUUUGAACAUCAAUGGCCUUUCCAUUAGCCCAGAGAGUCAUUCACCACAUAUGAAUGAUAAGGACACAACCAAGCACGCACCAUUUCAUGAUCGAAGCCGAAAAGUUUUUCCGGGUAUAGAAGAGCUUGAUUUGUUAGAAGGAAGGAGAAACAAGCAGAUUGCUAUUUUCUCUGAUGAGCCAGUCCGAAAUGAGGCGUUCGACAAGGUUCUGCUUUGCUCUGAGAAUAAGCCCGUGGAUGAAGAUAUUAUUUUGCAGCGAGCCAUGGCAGAUAUAUCCACCAAGUAUGCACAGAAAGAACAAGGAAGAAAACCAGCUAGGCGAACGAAGAGAGGUAAAACACGAAAGAAGAAAGAGGUGGUGGAUCUCAGAAGUCUCCUUAUCCAUUGCGCAGAAGCAGUGUCUGUGAACAACCGUAGCUUAGCAAGUGACAUACUUAAAAGCAUAAGACAACAUUGUUCACCAAGUGGGGAUGAUACCCAGAGGCUAGCCUUUUACCUAGCAGAUUGCCUGGAGAUAAGAUUGUCUGGAAGCGGGAGUCAGAUAAAUCAGAAGGUCAUCACUACACCAACGAAUGCAGCACAUAUUCUGAAGCUAUGCCAUCUGUGUUUCACCUGGCCAUCAUUACUGAAACAAUUUGCAGAUAGAGAAGGUGGGCCGCCUAAGCUUCGGAUUACAGGAUCAGAAAGGAUUGAGAGGCCAGAGAGUUACAAGAAAUGGAAUGUAAGAAGCGUCAGGGCCAGGUUUGAGCAGCUCCCACUGAAUCCAACCAUUGUUAAAGGCAUACAAUCUAUGGUGAGACAGAUUUAUCACAAAGAUUUCUUCGUCGACGAAGAAGACCAAUGCCUAGUGUUGGGAUGGAAGGGAAGGAUACUCUACGCAUUAUCCACAUGGAAGCCAAGCGAGUGCAAGGACGAAGACGAUUAA